GGGUUUGCAAGGACUUAUAUUAUCACACAAUUGUAAAUCAAUAUAACCCCUGAAUAAUAAACAAAAGGGUUUAUUUCAGAUGGGCAUCUCGGUGAAAGACGUGAGCAGUCAUGAGUUCACCAGGGCUUUUGCAGCCUUUCUGAAAAAGUCCGGGAAGAUGAAGGUCCCAGAGUGGACAGACUUUGUGAAGACUGGCAUGUUCAAGGAACUGUCUCCCUAUGAGCCUGACUGGUACUUCAUCAGAGCAGCCUCAAUCUGCAGACAUCUGUACAUCAGAUCACCAGCCGGUAUUGGAUCUUUUGAGAAAAUCUAUGGAGGUCGCCGUAGGCGCGGAACAGCCCCCAGCCACUUCUGCAAGGCUAACGGCUCAAUCUCCCGCAGACUCCUCCAGAGUCUUGAGGGGCUCAAAAUUGUCGAGAAGGAUCCCAACGGUGGUCGCCGCCUGACCUCCCAGGGCCGCCGUGAUCUUGACAGAAUAGCCGCCCAAAUUGCCCCAAAGAGGGCACCAUCAGCACCCAAAACUGUUUGAUCUGUUGUAAAUAAAGAGAAAAAACACUA